GAGUUGCGAACUUUGGUAUGAGAUCCUAGUUUAGAAACCAAAAAUGGCGGACGUUGGCAAUCAUCUUGACGAAUCUGUUCGGGAUCAGUGGGAAAGCCCGGUACAAUGGGACGCCAGGAAGAAGUUCAUCCUUCACAACUGGGACCAACAUCCAGAGGACCAGCUGGUGUGUCUGUCGAACGUCUGGGCCAAUAUGGAGUUCCUUGGAUGCAGAUACAACCCCGUAGUAGAACAGAGAGUAAAGGAAAUGGCAACAGGCAUGCCAGAGUUCCAGAAACCAGAGCUCCCUCAGUCAACAGCAGACCAACAAGACAACAACAAGAGAAGUAGAGAUGAGGGAGGGGCCCAUGGUGGUGAGAGAGACCUGAAAACCCUAAGUGACCCUCCUCACAGAACACUGAAGCACAUCGACCUGAAGAAGAUGAUCAGCUUCACAUCUGGUGGGCCACCGAUGAAACAAGAGACAGAGGGCGGGUCAUUUGUAGCGUCUACAUUUUCUGUUCAGCCAAGUUCAUCUUGUACCAAUUCUUCAAUGUUACGAAGAAAUGAAGUUCAGCAAGAAAGCUGUACUGCUAGUGAUGCAGAGAGCAGUACAGUUUCUAUAUCCCAAUCAUCACCAUUCGUCAAGCCCAAUACACUCUCUAUGAUGAAUGAACAACCUUCCAUUUUGCCUGAGAAUUGUGUACAAAGGUCCCUUCUGGUCCAGAAGAAAGGCUUGUUUAACGGCUUGAGUGAAACUGUCCGCAGUAAGUUUGCAAAACUGACCACUAAAAAAGCCACCAAAAGAAUUGCCCAUGUAUUUGCACAGUGUGUUCAGAAGCAGUGUAGAGCAACCCCCUUGUACAAGAUAGUCGAGGUGACCAGUUCCUCCACAUUUGUGUUAGAAACAGAUAUGGCAGAGGUGCCUGGGUACGCUUGUGACCUGUAUAUUGAAGGUGUGUACUUAGCAAGAGGAUACGGAAAGUUCAAACCUGCGACUAAAACUAGUGCAGUCAAGAAAGCAUUGGAGAGGCUGAGAUAUUACAGGACAGUAGUGAUUGCCACAAGGAGCGACUCAGAAACGGGUAAACUUAGAGAGGAAUUUGUCAUUGACACUGGUGAGCAGGUACCACUUCACCCUACUCUUCCUGGAGACAGUUUGCAGGGGCCAAAAACCAAGGGAGCUGGGGAGGGACCAAUAAAAGAAACAAACAUCGGUAAUCAGAUGCUUCGCAAAAUGGGCUGGACCGGUGGCGGGAUUGGAAAGGCGGGUCGUGAGGGCAUCGCAGAACCAAUCAAAGUGGAGGUUAUGGAGAGGCGUGCUGGUCUGGGAUACAGAAAGGGUCAAGUUGGGGCAAAAACCAGUACAGUCAGGAAAGCGUUAGAGAGGCUGACUCUUCAUAGCUCAGUAGAGGUUGCCACAAGUAGUGACACGGAGACAACUAAUUAUAACCUUAGAGAGGAGUUUGUCAUUGAAACCGGUAAGCAGGUAUCCCCUACCCUUCGCCAAGACAGUUUGCAGGGACCAGCUAAUACUUCCACCCCUCCCCAAAAGCCAAAACCCAAAAUGGGGGCCAGGAAACAAAAAUUUGAUGAUAGCAAGAGUGUCUCUGAUUUUGUCAUUUAUGAGAAAGAAUUCAGUGCAGAAAAUGCCAUCUGUAUCUUGAACAGCUCGGCAGUGUUUAGUAAGGUGAGGGUUAAAUUGGAUGUGAACAGAAACAGGAGAAAUGGGAUACCGAUGCAUCAAUGUUUUGUUAGUAUUAAAGAGAUGAUUGUAGCAGAUGGGUGGUCCUUUAGUGCCAAAGAAGCAAGACACUUGGCCGCAGAGGCAGCACUUUCCAAACUUCGUCAAACUAAUCCUGUAGUAAAGCUCAAAAAGCCAGAGCUGACCAAAGAUGCUCUGACAAGAACAGAGGUGUUAGGUACCAAGGAGGCAGGGGAAGGACAGAUAAAAGAAACAAACAUUGGUAAUCAGAUGCUUCAAGGGAUCGAAAAGGAGGAUCGGGAGGGGAACGUAGAGCCAAUGAAAGUGGACGUUGUGGAGAUGAGUGCUGGUCUGGGCACUGCUACCAAUCUAGCAGAAAAACAGUUGAUUUCAGCAGAGCAAGCGCACCAAUUCAUCUCGAAUUACGUCCAAUCUGGGAGGGAAGAAGACCUGGUGUUUUCACCCGAGUUAACGUCAGAGGAGCGGAAGAUCUUCCACCAGAUGGCCCAAAAGUUCAAGCUACAAAGCAGGUCGUACUGGGAGGGGCCUGAGAGAUACCUUGUCAUCAACAGGAAGAGAAGUGCUGAAGAUGUGAUGUCACAGACUCAGUUCAGGCCAGGGCAAUUUUGCACGGUGGUUGGGGAUGGAAAAUUUGCAGUCAAAUACGAGGUCACCCUGCCAAAAGGUAGCAGUUGGCAAAUGGCGGACGUUGGCAAUCAUCUUGACGAAACUGUCCGGGAUCAGUGGGAAAGCCCGGUACAAUGGGACGCCAGGAAGAAGUUCAUCCUUCACAACUGGGACCAACAUCCAGAGGACCAGCUGGUGUGUCUGUCGAACGUCUGGGCCAAUAUGGAGUUCCUUGGAUGCAGAUACAACCCUGUAGUAGAACAGAGAGUAAAGGAAAUGGCAGCAGGCAUGCCAGAGUUCCAGAAACCAGAACUCCCUCAGUCAACAGCAGACCAAGACAACAACAAGAGAAGUAGAGAUGAGGGAGGGGCCCAUGGUGGUAACAGAGACUUGAAAACCCCAAGUCAUCCUCCUCACAAGAGACUGAAGCACAUUGACUUGAAGAAGAUGAUCAAGUUCAAAUCUGGAGGGGUACUUGGGGAGGAGGGAAGGAAGUCGGAAGAGCAGCCACCGAUGAAACAAGAGACAGAGGAGGGGGGAGCGCACCAAGUUAUCGUGAACUACGUACAGUCUGGGAGGGAAGACGACCUGGUGUUCUCUCCCGAGUUAACGUCAGACGAGCGGGCGGCCAUCCACAAGAUGGCGAGACGGUACGACCUGCAGCACAAGUCGUACGGGAAGGGGCAGAAGAGGUACCUGGUCAUCAGGAGGAAGAGAAAUGCACAAGACGUGAUGUCGCAGGCUCAGUUCAGGCCAGGGCAGUAUGGCACAGUGGUUGGGGAUGGGAAAUAUGAAGUCACCCUGCCACAAAGUAGCAGUUGGCAAUAGCAUGAGAAACUACCCUAUGAUUGAUAUAUGUUAUGAGACAGUUGAUGUACAAGGACUGGAACUACAUUCUGACAAAAUGAAAUAAUACUGCAAUGUUGCAAAUUCAGGGGGGUCCGUUUGAAAUUAGGUGGUCACCAGCUCAAAACUAUGUUUUCUGUGGAGAUAAAUAUGAAUUAUAUUUGUCAACAUGCUAUUGGUAUGGAAUUUAUUAUUUUAGUCUACUUUAAUGUGUAUGUUUACUAGUUCACAACUCAGCUCUGUGACCACACAAUGAAAUAUGGCACAAUUUUUGCUCUUGUAUUUUGUGAUGCCUGAUGUUACACAGUCUUGUAUUUGUGUCUUUAAUUUUUCAUAUGUCCAUUAAACACUUGUUACAACCAAACCUUC